UUACAUUGAACGCGGAGUUAGAGUUUUCCAUUUUCAGCGAAACCACUUAUGUCGUUUGAUAGUGUCAAUACUGCAAAUAAAUUGGUUGCACUGUCCCAAAAUCAAGGCAACUUUUAUCAUUACAGCUUUGUCAGCGAACUUUCGUACUAAGCUUAUGAAGAGAAUGUCUGAAGCAGAAAAAAAGGCCUGGGCAAAUGUUGCCAAAGCUGCUAAUGUGAAGUCAAAUAAACAUAUCGACGAUGUUUACACAGAAUGGUCAAAGGUGUAUGACGACGAUGUUAUUACGACGGGAUAUUGUACUCCUGAUAAUCUGGUCGGGAAAAUGAUGAAAUACGUCAAUAACUCGCCGACUAGUCAAAUUUUGGAUAUUGGAGCAGGAACCGGAAAAUGUGGAGAGGUCUUGAAAAAGCAAGGAUUCAAAGGAAUCAUAGACGCAUUGGAUAUAAAUAGGGCUAUGUUGGACGUUGCUAGAUCUAAAUUCAUAUAUAGGGGACAUUAUAAUAUUGGCGUUUUCCCUGACAAACCAAUUCCUCUUGAGUAUGGCCUGUACGAUGCAGUAAUUUGUGCGGGAACAAUGAUGAGUGGUCACAUGGAACCUGAAUGUGUCACGCCAUUAGUUCGCGCACUCAAACCAGGUGGAUAUGCUCUGUGGAACAUCCGACAUACAGAUCACGAAAAUGAAUAUAAAUAUCGAAUGGAAAAGACAUUGGACGAACUUGUUAAAGAAGCAGAAAUCGAAAAAAUCGAAGAAAAACUGAUGCAGCAUUGUGCAGUGGAAUUUUCAGUUGGAAAUAAGCUGAUGGCAAUUAUUUACGUUUAUCGCAAAUUAUGAUCUUUUUUAUUUCAAAAUUAGCCUAAAUCAUAGACCAUAUAAAAAUGCAUACAUAUGAAACAACAUUAAUAAACUGAUAACCUACGUCA